AUGAACACCUACCAGGGCAGCGACCCAGAGCAGACAGGCAGAGUCGCCCAGCUGAACGGGGCUGGCCUGGAGGCCAGCGUCCUGCCCCAGACGCAGCCCUCUUUCCUGGUGGUGGAUGCCACAGCGGCCUCCGAGCCCCCCCAGCCGCGGGAGACGUGGGGAGGGAAGUACGAGUUCCUGCUCUCCUGCCUGGGAUACUGCGUGGGGCUGGGGAACGUCUGGCGCUUCCCAUAUCUCUGCUAUCGCAACGGAGGCGGGGUCUUCCUGAUUCCCUACACCCUCAUGCUGGUCUUCACGGGGCUGCCCCUCUUCCUGAUGGAGCUCAGCCUUGGGCAAUAUGGGGCCACGGGGCCCAUCAGUGUCUGGAGGUGCUGCCCCCUCUUGAAAGGGAUCGGGGUGGGGAUGCUGGUGGUCUCCUCGCUGGUCUCCCUCUACUACAACGUCAUCAUCGCCUGGACCUUCUACUACCUGAGCAUGUCCUUCCAGAGCCCCCUGCCCUGGUCCUGCCAGGCCCCACACAACCGGCCCCUCUGCCAGGCCCAGAACGGGACGGGGGGCAGCAGCCGCCCAGUCAGUGCCAGCGAGGUCUUCUGGAACCAGCGGGUGCUGGGCGUGGUGCACAGCUCCGGCCUGGGGGACCCCGGCCCCGUGAGGGAGCCCCUGGCGCUGUGCCUGCUGCUGGCCUGGGCACUCAUCUUCCUCUGCACCCUGAAGGGCAUCCGCACCUCGGGCAAGAUUGUCUACUUCACCGCCACCUUCCCCUACGUGGUCAUCGUGGUCCUGAUCAUCCGGGGAGCCACGCUGGAGGGCUCCAUCGAGGGCGUCCGGUUCUACCUCUCCGCAGACUGGAGCCGCCUGCAGAGCGCCCAGGUGUGGAGUGACGCAGCCUCGCAGAUCUUCUACUCGCUGGGCAUCGGCUUCGGGGGGCUCCUCUCCAUGGCUUCCUACAACAGGUUUGACAACAACGUCAUCAGGGACACGCUGGUGAUUGGCAUCGGGAAUUGCUGCACCAGCUUCUUCGCCGGCUUCGCCAUUUUCUCCGUCCUGGGGCACAUGGCCUGGCGCGAGAAGGUCUCGGUCGACAGGGUGGCCGACUCAGGACCCGGCCUGGCUUUCGUGGCCUACCCGGAGGCCCUGGCCCUGCUGCCCUGCUCCUCCUUCUGGUCCAUCCUCUUCUUCCUCAUGCUCCUCACCCUGGGGGUGGACACGCUGUUUGGGAACAUGGAGGGCAUCACCCGGGCAGUGAUGGACGAGUUCCCGUCCCUGCGCAGCUGGCAGCCCAAACUCCUGUUCCUGGGGGGCCUCUGCCUGGCCUUCUACCUGCUGGGCCUCCUCCUCAUCACCCAGGGUGGCAUCUUCUGGUUCACCCUCAUCGACGCCUACAGCACCAGCUUCGGCCUCAUCAUCGUGGCUCUCUUCAUGUGCCUUGGGGUUGCCUUCUUCUACGGGGUGAACCAGUUUUGCCAGGACAUCGUCGACAUGAUCCGUCAGUGCCCGCCCUGGUGCAGCCGCCUGGUGCCCUACUUCAGGACCUGCUGGGUCAUCGUCACCCCGGCGACGUUGCUGUUCAUCCUCUUCUACACCUUCCUGGACCUCUCGAGCACCAGCCUGCAGUACGGAGCCUACCGGUUCCCGCCCUGGGGCCAGGCGCUGGGCGUCUGCAUGGGGCUGCUGAGCUGCAUUCAGAUUCCGCUCUGGGCCGGCAUCGCCCUAUUCAAGGAGUCCGGGACGCUGGCUGCCCGCUUCAGGAAAGCCAUCCGUCCCCUGAGUUCCUGGCGUUCGGCCAGCUGCCGGGAGCUGCCCCCCCAGGUCAUCGACGUUCCCUACACCGUCAACUUGACAGAUAGCGACUUCACGGGAGGCUGGCAGCUGCCGGAUCACAGCGAGGCCUGA